GUCCGGGAGGGUAGGUUGGCUGCCCCGGCGAGCGGCAGAGCCCUUCUGGACAGCUCCCGCUCACCCAAACAGAAGACGUCGGCGCCAGAGCGGGCUCGGACAUGGCCAGGCAGCGCGCCGGCCCGAGCGGCGGGGCCCGGUGAUCCCUCCCUCCUUCCCCGCCCCCUCCCCUCUCCUGCACGCACGCCCCGUCCGCCCCCACCCCACCCCCACCCCGGGCGCGCCCGCCCGCCCUCAGCCCGGGGCGCACACCCUCACGCACGCUCCCCCUCCACACACUCACGCACUCCUGCACCCUCCCUCGCUCCCGCGGCCGAGCUCCGCCACGCGCGCUUUGCCAGCCCGCCGGCCGCCCCCGCCGCCCCCGCCGCCCCCGGGCCCCGAUGGACUGAAUGAAGGCUGCCUACACCGCCUAUCGAUGCCUCACCAAAGACCUAGAAGGCUGCGCCAUGAACCCGGAGCUGACAAUGGAAAGUCUGGGCACUUUGCACGGGCCGGCCGGCGGCGGCAGCGGCGGGGGCGGCGGCGGGGGCGGCGGGGGCGGCGGGGGCCCGGGCCAUGAUCAAGAACUGCUGGCCAGCCCCAGCCCCCACCACGCGGGCCGCGGCGCCGCUGGCUCGCUGCGGGGCCCGCCGCCGCCGCCGCCGCCAACGGCACACCAAGAACUGGGCACGGCGGCAGCGGCAGCAGCGGCGGCGUCGCGCUCGGCCAUGGUCACUAGCAUGGCCUCGAUACUGGACGGCGGCGACUACCGGCCCGAGCUCUCCAUCCCGCUCCAUCACGCCAUGAGCAUGUCCUGCGACUCGUCCCCGCCCGGCAUGGGCAUGAGCAACACCUACACCACGCUGACGCCGCUCCAGCCGCUGCCUCCCAUCUCCACCGUGUCGGACAAGUUCCACCACCCGCACCCACACCACCACCCACACCACCACCACCACCACCACCACCAGCGCCUGUCGGGCAACGUCAGCGGCAGCUUCACCCUCAUGCGCGACGAGCGCGGGCUCCCGGCCAUGAACAACCUCUACAGCCCCUACAAGGAGAUGCCCGGCAUGAGCCAGAGCCUGUCCCCGCUGACCGCCACACCGCUGGGCAACGGGCUGGGCGGCCUCCACAACGCGCAGCAGAGCCUGCCCAACUACGGGCCCCCGGGCCACGACAAAAUGCUCAGCCCCAACUUCGAGGCGCACCACACUGCCAUGCUUACCCGCGGUGAGCAACACCUGUCCCGCGGCCUGGGCACCCCGCCCGCAGCCAUGAUGUCGCACCUCAACGGGCUGCACCACCCGGGCCACGCUCAGUCCCACGGGCCGGUGCUGGCGCCCAGCCGCGAGAGGCCACCCUCAUCCUCUUCAGGAUCGCAGGUGGCCACGUCAGGCCAGCUGGAGGAAAUCAACACCAAAGAGGUGGCCCAGCGCAUCACCGCGGAGCUGAAGCGCUACAGCAUCCCACAGGCGAUCUUCGCGCAGAGGGUGUUGUGCCGGUCUCAGGGGACUCUCUCCGACCUGCUCCGGAACCCAAAACCGUGGAGUAAACUCAAAUCUGGCAGGGAGACCUUCCGCAGGAUGUGGAAGUGGCUGCAGGAGCCCGAGUUCCAGCGCAUGUCCGCCUUACGCCUGGCAGCGUGCAAACGCAAAGAACAAGAACCAAACAAAGACAGGAACAAUUCUCAGAAGAAAUCCCGCCUGGUGUUCACUGACCUCCAACGCCGAACGCUCUUCGCCAUUUUCAAGGAGAACAAACGCCCGUCCAAAGAGAUGCAGAUCACCAUUUCCCAGCAGCUGGGCCUGGAGCUCACAACCGUCAGCAACUUCUUCAUGAACGCCCGGCGCCGCAGCCUGGAGAAGUGGCAGGACGAUCUGAGCACAGGGGGCUCCUCGUCCACCUCCAGCACUUGUACCAAAGCGUGAUGGAAGGACUCUCAGUUGGGCACAAGUCGCCUCCAAAUGAGGACCACAGAUACCAAAAGAAAAGGCAAAGGAAAAAGACACCGGAUUCUUAGCUGGGGCCCUUCACUGGUGAUUUGAAAGCACAAUUCUCUUGAAACUUCUAUUCUAGCUGUAAUCAUAGGCCAGGUGUUCUUUUUGUUUAUUUGUUUUUAAUGGCUAUGGAGUCCAAGUGCAAGCUGAACAUUAAUCUCUUCGAACCGGACAUUGUCCUCUGAGCGAGCGUGCUAAGCACCCCGGAAACCCCAUUGGGGCCUUCCUGGAGCAAGUCAGUUUCAAUGUGGUGUCAGCCAAGCUCAGGAUUGCUUAGAAUGUCAACAGUCCGACUUUGGGUCCUCUCAGCCUCUUGCAGUCAGAGUUUCCUUGAGUAAUAGUGGGACUUUGGCCUGUGUAGGGACUCUGAGUUUGAGCUCCCAAGAUGCUAUAGUAAGAGAAGAAUCUAGCAACAAGAAUGACCUCGUUUGCUUUCUAAGUGCUUAGCCUCAUCCUACCAUAGUACACUAACGUUCACAGCCAUGACAUAAAAACCAUCAGAAUGACAAUUACUGAGCACAAGUUUUAAAUAAGGAAGUUAAAAAAAAAAAAAAAAUCCGAGGACCUGUUUUUCCAACUCAGGCAUCUUUUUCAUUGAAUGGUUUAGAAAACUUUACAUUGAUCCAGUUUAUGUUUUCCUUUUCCUUACCUCCUGGAAACCUCAUGUGGUCUUGGAUCCAUCAAAGGAAAAAAAAAAAAUCAGUUCACUUGAGCUCAAAAUAUCAAGCACAACGAAGAUAAACAGAGAAUUAAGGAAGGUUCUAAAUUCGCCGCAUCUGGAUUUUCAAGACGCCAAUUGUGAAGUCAUUAGAGAAUCAUUGGGAAUUAUGGCUUCAAGCACAUUUUGCAGUUUGCUACAAAUUCUGUUUGUACAUAAUGCAGAUGCACACUCAGGAGGCCAGUUUAACUGUUACGGUACGUGGAGCAAAUGCAGCAUUUUAAAAGAUCUAGAUUUUUUUAGAUCAUUAACGUAUCCUUCUUGGUUAUCCAUCCAUCACCUGGUUCUUCCUGUUGUCCAUUAUGAUCACCACAUAAUACAUUCUCACUCUUUCAGAUUUGGGUUGUCCCCUCAUCCAUCCCAUUGGUUAGGGACGUUUUCAGUGUUUCCUAGCAAGGAAAAAAGAAAUCAUUCAAACCACCACACGUGUUCCUCAUAAGCGUCAUCUAGUCUGGAAUCUCUUCCAUUGUUGAAUCAUCCUCACAUAACAGCUGAAUAAAUCUGGGGAAAACACAGCACACCAAAGAAGCAGAAUACUGCAAACCAAAGACAUUUAUUACUUGCCAUUUUCUAGCCUAAAAAAUACUGUGAUUACUUUUAGAAGUCAGAAAACCUCUGCAACUCCAAAUGGCAUUCAGCUCUUGCAUUUGGCUCACCAUCAGGCCGAGCGGACCGGCUACACCAAGGACAUUAGCCAAGCCACCCAGUGAGUGGCUUUCUGGUUCCUGGCUGUCACCUUCCCACAACAAGCAGGAGAGCGCCCACAGAACCCUGGGAGAUUGCAAAGGUCACCAUGUGCAUACUUACCAGUGAAUGGCCCCAGGUGGGCACCACGGGGGUGUUCAAAGCAAGACAAACGCUGCAGUGAUUCUUUACAGACACUUGAGACUGACUUUUUUUUAUGAAUUACUUAAUCGAAACCAAAGAAACUUUUUCUGCACCUACUUCUGCAACAAACAAAACUGUCCCAUUAAAAUGAAUAAAGAAAUAAAGACGUAAAUCAAUGAAAAUCACCACCAACAAGAAGGAAGCACGCCAGAAAAAAAAAAAAAAGAAACAGAAAAACAGCGAGACACACUGUGUUCAAACAGACCUCUUGGGACAUUUUUUGGAAGCAGAUUUUAAAGAAAGGGUUGAGACAGGAAUAGAAAUAAGGAAAAGCGUCCGUGGCUGCUGCUUCACUUGACAACUCACACGGUAAUCUUAAAGUUGAAGAUUGUCUUUAAUUUGUGCCUAUGCAGUUUUUCAAAAGAACACGGAACAGAGCAACAGAAACCUCAACAGCUACAAUACCAAAGAUGAGGAUUUCUCACACCUUUUGUUUCAGUUCAUUAUCUCCUCUUGCCUGGCUUAAAUACUAAUAGCGCCAUUGAUCUGUGUAAAGGUAAUCAAUUUUGUUUCUGAGCAACAAAAGGAAAGGGUCAUUUAUUUGAUUUUAUUGUUUCCCUUUAACUUUGUUUUACGGCUUUCUACCCAACAUGGAAUCUCUCAAGAGGUUCCAUGGACUCUAAGUUUAGGAUGUUGGGAUACUGAACACUUCUCUCUGCUCUGCAGAGGGUGGGGAAUACCGUUGUCACUUGAAUGUUCUUUUGCUUAACCCUUAGUCUUGGUUCCUUCUAUGUUCAGAGUCUCAUCAUCAGGGGAGGAGAGGGGAGUAGGGGUCAGGGGUAGGGGUCUUGGUGACACAUCCUCUCCCGAGCCACAGAACCAAAGAAUUUAUAGAGGAAAUGACGAGCCUCGUCUUCAUGUUAUUGCUACAUCCUAACAGGGCUUCAUUUGGGGGUGGGGGGAAACAUGUAAAAAUAAUUGUCAGUUUCUACUUUUCUAUUAGCUUUUUAAAAAUCAGCUGUAAAGUUGCAUUUCUAAAGAAAGAUAUAUAUAUAAUAUAUGAAUACAUAUAUAGAUUCAACUUGACAUUGGUAAUAACCCCAAAUUAUUGCUGUCCAAAUUCAUGUCUUGUUUUUAUCAAGUGCUUCAUUUCUUAAGUAUUCAAUUCAGAAUUUUGCUCAUUUCUCCUACCAUCCCAGAGCACAUUUGCUGCUGUGGAUGAUUUGGAGUAUUUGGAUUUCUGCAAGAAUUCCUGGGAAAGGUUGAAAGUCCAGUUCAAGCGUUUCACUAUUCAACCUGUUGAUGAAGGAAUCCAUGGUAGAAGUGAGUUUUAUUUGUGUUUUGAGUCAUCUCUGUUCUAUGCCUCAACCAUGAUCAAGGUGGUGAGUGAGGUCCAUCAAACAGACCUGGGCCGUGGCCAGUGGGGUGCUCGUCUUCUGUAAGUGCUGGGAAAGCUUGGUGGUCCAUUCCCACCAGUUACAGAGAUGAGACCAGCCCAGAAAUCUGUUCUCCAGGAACUUGCCUGCGUGUCCCAUCAGGGUGUUCCAGAUCCCCCUCAGUGAGUAGAUCCACCAAAGAGACUUCUCAUAUGGGAAGUCCAACUCCUGCUGCAGUGGGUUGAUCAGGUUUCCUCAGGGUGGUAAUUACCAAUUCGUUUAGACAAGCCUGUGUGCAACCACAGCUGGCACUGGGGUGAGGCAGUGGUGUUGGGGGGUGGAGUGGGGUCUCAGUCCUGGAGAGAAAACACAAAGCAGGGUUUGGGGAGAAUCAUGGAGUUCUGCCCUUGGGAGCCCCAUUGUCCAUUGUGCCACCUCCUUGCUCCCACCAUGCAUGUCUGUCUCCCUUUGCAAGGGCAGCAGCCAUGGAGCCAUGACAGAGACUUUCCAUGGCUUUUAUAAUUCUUCCUACCUGGGGAUGUUCCUUUGACUUUGCCCUGUGUCUUUUUGUCUCUUGUUCAUACUCCAUGUCUCCUUUGUCAAAUGACCAAGAAAAGAGCAUAUUUCAGCAUGGGAACAUUCCUAUGGGUUGGUAAAAAUGAAUUUCACCUUGGGUAUUUCUAAAUGAAUGCUUGUGACUCGUGGCCAGUGGAAAUGGUUGUUCUUCUCGAGAUUGGAUUGAGGAACCAAACCUGCUUGGUGUGGUUAGUGAUUCUUUGGCAUGCUAAUCUCAGCAUUUGGGUCUCUGGCAUCCUCUGAAGAUGUCUGAGCCAAAAGAGGCUGCCUCUGUGGCCUGAGACUUCAACCCUGGUCAAAUCAGGUAUAGACACAUACUCUCUCAGUGUUCCUGGUGACCAGAGGAAGGUGUCAAAUGUAAAAACGGCAAGAACUUCCUUCCAAGGACUUUUGAUGAAUGUCUCAUACCAGGUAAUGCCAUACAGAGAGAAGUGCUUGCUUCUAAAAAAUAUAUAUACAUACAUAUAUAAAUACCUGCAUGUAUCUAUAUAUUUAUGUAGCAAAAAGUUAACCCCUACAGAAUUCAAUUUGUUAAAAAUCUAAAAGAAGGAUUUCCCUUGUGGCUUAGCAGGUUAAGGAUCCAGCAUUGUCACUGCUAUGGCUCUGGUCACUGCUGUGGUGCAGGUUCCAUCCCUGGUCCAGGAACUUCCACAUGCUGCAGGCAUGACUGAAAAAAAAAUAAUGAAAGAAAAAACCCCUAAAAACUGGAAGGUAAUGGAAUUUGACCAAGUAAGUGUCCUCAAGCAUUUAAAAACCUAUUUUAAGUUAAUAAUUUCAGGAAAAAAAUUUCUCUUUGGAGUUGGUUAUAGUUUACAAUCCAUUUCCUCAAUCCAAGAAAAAUUCCCAGUGUGUCUCAGCCAUCAGUAAUGAAAAGGGCAGUGAGAAGGGACAGUUCUGAACCAAAAUUCACAUUCUCGAGGCAACAGAAAUCCAAAGGUUAUUGAGUGGAAAGUACUUUUAUUUCUUUAGGGAAAUAGAUUUGCUUUACUUUUGUUUUCAAAGUGAUUCUGGUACUGUGGUUAUAAUCUUUCAUUCCAGGAAAUUUUUAUUAAAGAAAGAGCCAAUAUAUUUCUUUUCUAAAAGAAAACAGCAACAACAAUAAAAACUCAUCCACAAUAUUUAAAGGCUUUUCCAAAAUGUGAAAUAGCAUGUAGGUUGUACAGGUGAGAAUGAGGCAUGAAGGAACCAGUGUGACACUUUGGAGAAAUCAAAGCAUUGCCUCUGCAGUCUCUUUUCCUGCAGGCUCUUGGCAAUCGUGGGCUUUGGAAGUUCAAGCUGAUUUUUAUUUCUAGCUAAAGUAAAACCAAAAUUAGGAAGAUCAAUUUGGUACACACACACACAAUUUUUCUCAGUCAAACAACAUAUUUCAAAGCCAAUCAAAUACCUUUUAGAUGAUUGACCAUUUUACUUUAUCUAUGCUAGGUGCCCACCUAUCCGUGCCAAUAAGUUAAAGUUGAACAGAUUUUUUAAAAAAUUAUCACUACCACCCAGGUGCAGAGGGGACAGUUUCCCACUGUUGAAAAUGCUGGUGGAAUUACACAAGUGUCUAUUUGACUAUCGUUACUAAAGUGUCAUGACAGUAUACCUUUGUGGUGAACUCUGAAAUCAGGAGGUUGUAUAGUAGAGAUUUUAAAAAAGAGAAAAAUAACAGGCUCGGUUCCAAUGUUGUUGAAGAAUAAUGGAGUAUAUGGAAAAAACAAAAAACAAAAAUCAGAGAAAAAGAGACAGAUACGUGUGAUCAAGGUUGACCCCAAAGCCCAGACACACAUACUGUGACAAUAACUGUCAUGGUUCCUAACAGAUCAGAGUUGAUUUUUUGUUGUUGUGGCUGAUGCCUUGGGAUUCAGACUUGUUAGGAAGAGAGAGUGGAAGAUGGCAGACAGAGAAGGGGUAGAGCUGGUAUCCCUACAACAUUCUGAUGUUUACCUGUAAAACUGGAGAGAUUAAUAAUUUUGUAUGUUUAGCUAAGAGCAAGUCACCUCUAAAACAGCAGGAAAUUCUAGCUUUCGAAUAAGGCCAAGAAACCUUCUCUAAAGGAAGAAGGUGCACCCAGAUUGCUGUAUAAAUCUCCUAAGUUAAUGACAUUGACUUUAAAUAUGGAUGUUCUAAUGCCUAUUUUCUACCUAUGAUUUGUUUCUUUCCAAAGGCAGGGGAAAGGCAGACUGUAUUUGUUUUAGAAAGUCUCAGAAUGGGUUAUAAAAUAUAAAAAUAAUUAUUAAAAUAACAUAGGGCCUUACAUAAGUAGAUACAGAUCUAACAGUUGAGACUGCCAGGCUAGUGCAUAAAGCCCAUGGGGACCAGAAAUGGUCAUUGUUCUGUUACCAAAAAGGCUCUGUUGAGACUGAGGCAGAUUAGGGCUAAAGCCUAAGCUUUCCUUACAGGUUUUUUAGUUUGGUUGCCUGGAAUUAACCAGCUAAUUCUUUUUUAGUGGGGCACAGGUGUAUAGGGGGAAAAAGAUAUUGCCACAGGUCUGUCUGUUCAUUCCCUAGAAGUCUUCCACUCUGUUCCAUUAGCAGCAGGCAUUUCCCACAGCAUAAACUCUGGUAGGUAAGUUUGCCUAAACCUUAUAGAGUCUGUCAGCUUGGAUGUAUACAGGUUUAGAUACAUCUUUCGAACAUAUCUUCUCAUGUAUGUCCCUACAGCAACACACAUUGCCUAUGAGUGUGUAAAUUGCAGACACGUGCACAGGCACCUGCAUCCAUCCAUCCACCCAUAAUGUCCUCUGUUACAAUAAACACAUUUUAAAUGAUCAUUUAACAUGUAUGUGGUACUUCUGCAAUGUCCAUUGUUUUUAUUAUUUAUUGUAACAUGGAAAACUAAAGUGCAGGAAAGAAAAAAAAGUAUCCCAGCAUCUUCCUUCUGUGCACUUGGAAUUACUUUCUUUUGGGCACAUCCAAGAUAAACUCAACUUUCAAGAAAACUUGGAUAUUAUUUAAUCAUCUUUGCAAGAAUGACACAUGUGCUUGAUGACUUCGGUUGAAUAGCUUUAUUCUGGAUCUCUCAUAACUAAAGCUAAAUCCAAAGACCUGAAAAAGGACACACACCAAAAAAAAAAAAAAAAAAAAAAAAAAAAGAGAGAGAGAGAGAGAGGAAAAAGAAGGAAAAAAUAGCAAAAUAAAGUGCAAACUAAUAAGGAAAAAGUGGGCUCUGGUUUCCAGGGUUGAGACGAUAGUGAAGUGGUCUUGUGGUUACACCAGCUAGAGGGGGGAAAUGGUGAUUUUUUUUUUUCAUGCUUGUCAAUUAAAAUGGUCUUUAUGAACAUGAGACAGUUUAGAGGUUAUAAUUUCCUACUUUAUUUUUAUUUAGGCUAUCGAAAGAGGCUAUACAUUUUGUCCAUCAAAAAAUGAAGACAGUCAAAAGAAACUUUUUUUUCUUUUAUUUCUUUGGGUUAUGACCCAACAAGCUAAGUACAAUUAAUGUAAUUAACUUAUUUAAAUUAGCUCUUAGCACAUAAAUGUAUAGGAUUUUGGUAAUUAUUUAAUCAUCUUUCUUUACUUUGAUUUUGUUCUUUGUGGUUAUUUAUCAAAAUCUAAACCAUUGGUGCAUCAGAGAUGCAAAAUCCCUUUUAGAAUUCCCUUGAAAGUUAGUUUGCUUUAUAAAGCAGUGAAAUUCUGUUACAGACAGGGAAGAAAUACAGGUUACAAAAAAAAAAAAAAAAAAAAAAGGUAUUUUUCCUUCUUGAAUUAACUUUGAAAAUAGUUUAAAUAACAGUUAUUAAAUUAUUUAAUUUAAGUUCGCAGCCCCACUUGGUACCAGGCGAACUUCAUCUUUUAAUUAUUGGGCCUCAGAGCCUUCAUAUUGUAACUUAUUUAUUUAACUUAUUCAGCAUCUGCAAAAGAUGCACUAUAUAGUUUAUAUUUUUUAUUUAAAACAACAGCAUUGCAGUUUGUUUGCUGUCAGGACAACAGAGCAAAGUUUGUGGACAAGCAAUGACUAUUCAACCUGAACCUGUGCAUUCAGAAAACAUAAGCCGAGAGACCCUGCUCCACCAGCUUGGAUUUCGGGGCUUCUAUACAGAAACUGGAAAAAUAAAUUUUAAAAAAUCAGAACAGCAAAAAGAGAAACCCUUACACUAGCUGCUUCCAAGAAUGAACUCUGUGUGUGUAAAACAACAAAACAAAAAAGGAAAAAAAAAAAAGCAGAAAAAAGAAAAAAAAAAAGGAAAAACUUUCUAUUUCUAGUGAGAACCAAAGAAGGCUACCUCACUGACUUUUUCCAUUUGUAAUUUUAAUCGUGUUGAUGACACCAAAGAUACCAAAGAUUUCUUUCUCUGUGCGGUCUGCAUUUUGCUUGUGCUCUUUUUUAAUUUUAACUAUUAUCUCUGAUAUAUGGUAUGUACAGCCACAGCUCAGAUACCCCAAAGAAAUAGUUAUCUAUGCGACGGUGGCUGCUAAUUUGGAAAGGGAUAUUUUCUGUGUUUCUCUCAUUUGUUCACUGUCCCCUCUACAUAUUCAGGACAUGAGUUCAGAUGCUGCUGUAAUUCCUUAAAUUCCAAUUCCAAAUUGGUGAAGAAACUCGUUGAAAGUGGCCUUCAGUCCCAGCCACGACCUCUGUCCCCACUUUGGAGCUAUCACAGUCAAGUUUUCCAGUGAUUGGGCCAUAGAAAUUCUACUCAUUAAAGAGUACAGCCAGAAGGGGCCUUAGGACUCUUUUAUCCAGCCCUGAGCCCUGGAGGAGUGAAGUAGUUAUCGAAGGUAAAUAACUAUCCAGGGGCGAAGCCCAGACAUGCCUCCUGCCUCCUGCUCCAUUGCUGUGCCCUUUGCUCAAUGCUGCCUCUGCAGGUGGUGGGCCGUGUGUUGGCAAAGAGGAAGGUGGCAAUCCUUUAGCAGUGAGGAGGACCGUGGGCUUGUCAUGUAUUUUCACUCUAUAUAAAUAUUCACAGGCAUUUUGGUGUCUGUCUAGUUAGAAUCUCAACAUAAAGUCACAUAGGUUGAGUUGCAUGUAAAAGUGGCCAGCCUUGACUUACUAGAGGUCAUGGAAGGGUUUUCACCCUGGAAGUACACAUUGAUCCAGUGUGAUCACUGUUGAACCUCCCCUUUCCAAAGUGGUAUCUAUAUAAUCUUCUAACUCAGUGAGAAGAGAAAGUUCAUUCUUGGUCUGUUGGAUUGAAUUAUUCUGAGUAUCUUAGGUCAGUAUUUGUCAGAGAGAGAGAAUUUGAUCACCCUUUACACACGUGACAUUUAAGCUGUUCAGCUUUUUCCUUCUCUUGACUUUUACACAUUGAUAGAUCAUUUCUAGGACAACACUGUAUGAGAGAAGUUUAAGCCUUUUAUCAUUGGAUAAUGAGAAAUUAUUCAUUGUAAACAAAAGAUGACUCCAAAAUUUCAGAGGGAUAAGCCAGUUUAAGAAAUGGAUAUUUUGAGUUGCUUCUCUCUUCCCUUCUUACUUACAAAAUUAGUCUUAAAUUUAUUUUUAUUCCGUUAAAUGAUUAAAUCACUAUUAAGAUUCAUUCAUCAGAGUGAUUUGCCUGUUAGCCAAUGAGUCAUUCUCAGCUUUUGACCAAAUGGGUUCCAGACAUACGCAAAGAUCAGCCUCUAGCCUGUAUAGUUCUUUAUUGAGUCUAGUAUUUUGCGUUUCAUGCACUGCAGUUCUCUUUGAGCUUUUAAAGGACCAUUUAGACAAAGAAGCUAAGAAGGGAAGAGACCAGGCAGCUCAUCCAGUCCAUGCAUCCACAGGGUGUAGUUAGCAGAGGAAUUCAGAAGAUAGGUUGACAGGCCUUAAGAAACACUCACGUAUCCCCUUUCUCUAGUUUCCAAGCACUAUACUGACACAUGUGAGAGUUCUCUCCGUCCAAACAAGCUCAGAGUUCCAUCUUCCCCCGACUCCUCAUGCCAAGCACAUGUGUAAGGCCCACCUUCCAAACAGAUUUGGUUUUCUUCCCAAAUUACUAUUGGAAGCAGAAUUCUCCACAUACCUGGGAGACACAACAAAGAAGAUCUGGUCACUGAGCAGCAGAGCGCUUCUUUGUAAGCAAACACCACCCUCCCCAGCCUUCCGACCAUCACGCACCUAGAAGAGGGAACCUAGAGAGACCAAUGGCAGCCUGAACACAGAAAACAUCCCCGAUUGGCAGACCCCUCCUCAGUAAUCCCCCCCUCAGCCUCAUGCUUCACUUGCAAAGUGUGAUGUAACCACGGGACGAGUGCCUUGCUUGAACCAAAGCAACGAUUUAGCCAGUCUGGACCUCUCUGUGCUUUUUUUAAUCCUUCCUGUGAAUACCUCAGCUUCCACUGGGCCUCCAUACAGUAAAUUGGUGGGCUUAUUGUACUGUGGUGCUUUGCAAUGCAACCCUGCAAAGAACAAGGUUUGUACUAAUACCAAAGGUCCUUUCUCUCUGUCUCCUUCUGCCUCCCCUGUUCUCCCUUUUCUAGUUCUUCAUGGUUCCAAAGCUUUAAUAUGAACCUGGGCAUGUUGGCAAUGCAGACCGCGCAAUUCCUUACCGAAUUUUCUCAGAUAUACCUCAUAGAUAAUAGUGUUUAGAGUAAUGUUAUUAUAGCGUAUGUAAUAAAUUAUUCACUGUUUCUUUUGGUAACUGUGAUUUAAAAAAAGAAAAAAGAAAAAAAAAGCUUUAUACGUUUUAGGUUGUGCUUUUGUAAUAGAUGAAAAGGUGCGCUUAAAAAAAUGUAUGUUCUUUUUUUUCCCCCUUUGGAUUUUAUUUAUUCUGGAUUGGGGAAAGUUGCAGAAUGAGCCCAAAGUUUACAGUUUCAUAUUUUGCUGAAGAAACAAUCUGUGUUCAUUUGCUCUGUUGAGAAAAAAUUAUUAUUUUCUACAUUUGUGCUACUUGGUCUGAACAAUUGUUCUGUGUUAACAGUGUAGUAUUAUAAUUAGCAACUGCCAAUCAGUGCUAUAAUUUUAUGCAUGAGGCUAAAAAUUUAGCAGUGUGAUGCAUUGUGGUCUUAAUAGCAACAUUUUUCAUUUUGAACUAGAUCUUCCCCUUUGGUUCAAUGGACUUUAUUUAUGCAUGAGCGCCGAUUGUUCGUUAGCGGUUGUGAACAGUUGUGUAUACAUUAAACUGUGAAAAUGUGCACAGUUCAGCCUCAGACAGUGGUAAUAUUGGUUUUACUGGGAGAUGUCUCACCUCGAAAAUACUUUGACCUCUGUUGGGAUUUCAAGAUGAGUCAAAUUUUAUGAGAAGGGUCAUUCCAAGUUUGAAUUUGCCAACUCAAGUUGUAUCACUCCAUUCGAGAGGGGUUUGGAAACAAGCAUUGAAAAACAAUGCUGCAUUUUUAAUUUCCACUAAAAAGAGUCAGUUUGGCUUUAUGUUCAUGACCUGAGACCUACCUGGCCAUGUGUAUGGAGAUGUAAAUUCAUCUGGUUCUCGCCUCUCCUAGAUCAUUGCUUGGGAAUGGCCACCUUGAUUGUGCUUGGUUUCUGGGAAGGAUACAAAAGUAUUUUGUUGUCAGGUAGACACUCAAACAGCAUCAAUAUCAGUAAUUAUUCUCUGACUUUUCUGUCCAUUCUCCUGGAAAACUCCACAAACCAUUCCGGUGAUUUGGGCAAAAAUAGAUGGCCAUUCCCACAGCGUCACCUGUGUAACUAUACCAUGGUUUUUCUUCCCUAGAGAGAUGAUUCUAACUUCCUCUUUCCUGCCCAACAAUGUUACAUCUGUCCUAAAGGGGGUAUAAGAAGUUUUGAAACCCAGUUUAGGAAAACCAUCUUUGUUUAAACGCCCUAAUUAUCUGAGGCCUCACGUGCAGUAGAUUGGGCAAACUCGUUCUUUCUAUAUUUGGGUUCUGAGACCCAUUCUCAAGUUUCAUACCUAUUCCCCAAAUCAAUUUGCUUGACAUAAAGCCAAAUCAACUGCCACACAUACUUUAUUUUGCAUAGGAGUGCAGCUUGGGAAACAGCGAUGGGAAACCAGCAGUCUGCUAUGCACAAUAUUGGAUAUCACCAUGAGUAAAGCAUUCCUAUCACCUGUCAAUGAGGAUAUAUUGGGAAUGGGCUUUCAUUAAUAAUACAAAGAAACAUUUUUAUUUGGCCUUAUAGAUUGUGAUAAUGAAAGCUUUGUAAUAUAUAGUCUUUUUUUUAUUUCUCCCUUUACUAAUCUGCCAAAGAUGGGAAUGGAUAUAAGAAUUCUAAGUUUUGUAAGACAGUUAAUGAUUGUAAUAGUGUUUAAUCUUCCAGAAAGCUUUACAUGUUCUUCCGCAAUAAACCAAAUCGAUGUUUGAUUCAGUCAAGUUCUCCUCACACUCACAAAUCCGUACACUCUUCCUCUUAAUGCUGAUACUGUAGAAUCUACAAAGUUCAAAUGUAUUUUCGAUCCAAAGUAAACAGAGGAGUGUCUGAGACACGAGUGUGCCCAAAGCUUUUUAUUACGAGAGAUGCAUGGGUCUGGCUCAGUAGGAUUUGCCAAGAAGACUUGUCUUACGAAACUCGAGGUAUAUUUUGUUAUGCCAUUUUAUGUCCUUCUUUUUUUUUUAAUUUUGUGGAAAGUGAUAUGUUGAAUCAAGUGUAAGCUGAGUUUUCCAGACAACUGAAGUAGCUACAUCGUGAAUGUUAUUUUGUUAUUAAAGGGUUUUUACUCAAUGCUUUGUGCCAGUGGAUGUCCUUUUCCUUGGAGACACAGAACUAUGGAAUUACCUCAGCUGGGCCUGGAUUUCACUUCUUUUCUCAUGUGAGAAUGUGGGCCUGGCCUGGGAAAUGAAAGCUCAUGGGCUAGAAAAUUUGGGCUCUAGGAAGAGAUCUCCAUAACUAUCAGCUUUGAAGAGAGCUGGGUCCAAACUUUCUGACCUCACUUCCUCUUGCCCCCAACACUUCUCUGACAUCCUUGGGCCUUAAACACAUGUCAGCAUGAAGGCAGAGGCCAUUCUGACAGGAAAGGUGAGGAAGAGAAAACAGCAAUCCUCAAUCUUCUGUUGCCUGCCCACCAGGCACUCUCCUGUCCUCAAGCUGGGCUCCACUGGCCAAGGUUGUCGUGGCCUAUCUGCUUGCUUUACCUGGGCCAUUGCCUUGACUGCUGCAGAGGCUCCAGGUUCCCAUGAUCUAUCUGGUGGGGCUGUUUCAAACCAGAAUCACCCUUAUUCCUCUUCCUCUGCAUCCCAGUUUAGCUAGUCUGUAACUUUUGCAGACAAUUAUUUGGAAAACGAAUGUAUGAAUGGAUUUUUCUGUUUUUUUUGUUUUUUGUUUUUUUUCUGGUUUAUAUUUUGGCUAUUCCCAGUUCUUUGAUCUGGAAAACAGAGAGAAAAGGAGACCCUUGUGCCUCUCUGAGAGGGCCAUGCACAGUGUCUUCCUUACAGGACAGGCUGAACCACAGCUAUUAAGCCAAACAAGACAAUGGCCCAGCAAUGCCUACUUUACCUCUGCUUGAAAGUCUCUUCAAAAAGCUGUUCAACUGGUGGGUUUCCUCCCAUCUCCCUUGCUUUAACCCAGUGUGGCACCUAGCUUAAGAGUUGGGUUACUAUCUAGGAAAUUUUUUUGGUUUUGUUUUUGGUUUUUUUUUUUGGGGGGGGGGGUUCUAAUUAUGGUAAACUUGCCUGGGAAGCAAGGUUAAGUCUUCGAAGACCAUCUAGCUGUUCAAUCUAGUCAUAACAUUAACAGAUACUUCCUUGAAGCCAAAUAUUAUUUCCUUUCUUUACUAUGUCCUUUUGUGUUACACAAGUCUAAAUGGGGCCAGCAAUCUUCUUACCAUGAAAGACAUCUGGCAAAUUGGAAUUCUGAAAAUAAGAGGACAACCUUCAUGUUGACAAAAUGAUAACAACUGAAUUUGGCAGGCAGGGACUUAGAUGAUACAGGUAUACUCUUGGUGCUGGUUUCUCUUUAAUCCAUAUCUCCAGUCACCACCAACUCUUGCUUUUUUUCCCCCCUCAAUCCUAGACCAGUUCAGUCCCUUUUCCCCUGAUCUCAGAUGCCAAAGAAUGUCAUGGACAAAGAUGAUUAGGGACUGACCAACAUUUCAAUUAGUUCUCCUCUUCAUCCUUUGCUUUUCUCCAAGAAAAUGUUUUACUGGACAGCAGAGAAAGAGCCUGGCCAGUUUCUUUGAUCCUUCCUAUUCUUAUAUUUCUACCCCAAUUAAUGUUGAUUGGUACAGGUGCUGCAUGUUCUUUAUUGGUCAAUGAAUUUUUACUAGAAGAAUAUCCUCCCACCAAAGUGAGUGAGAACAAAUUCCCGUAUCUUCUCUUUCAUUAUUUUUUGUUCUCAGGAUUGAGAUAGUUUAGGCUGUUUUCUCACUUUUGGCCCUCACUUCACAGGUGUUCAUUUCAGGUAUUAAAAAACACCUUUUAAUUUCACAUGCUGGCCUGUGGGCUUGAAUCCUUUUGUCCAACCUCUUGGUUGCUUUAUGGUUUUAAAGCCAACUAUAAAAUGAUGGAAGAAAGAAGAGGGAAAGAGAGAAGAAUUUGCCCCAGUUCUAUUUAAAGUUUUAAGAUGGAAAGAAAAGACCCAUUAAGCCAUGGGAAAAUGGCUAUACCAUGGUUAACCCUCCCUGUCAGAGCCUAUACUCUACCAAGUGGCUUCUAGGUCAACUUUUCCAGACACUCAGCCCUUUAUUAGAAAUUCAGGUACCUUGCAUAGGUCUCUAUCUAGAUUCCAAGAUGACAGGUGAUCACAAAGAGCUACAUACAUUCUUCUUGUUCUGUUUCCUUGCUUUUACAGAUAUUAUCUCCAAGAAAAUCAUAGGGGAAAACUUUAAAACUUUUAUCUUUAGUCAGUCUCCUUGACAUCACCUCUCAUACUUAAAAAUAAGGAAAACACACUCCUAAAUUUGCACUCCCUUCUAUUUUGAGAAAGAAAAUGCCCACACUAGUAAUCCACAUUCUUAUUUUCUUUUCACCCUUAGCUAUAUUUCCAAAGCAUAUUCUAACCCAGACUUUGCCCUAUCUCAGACAUGUUAAGUCAGACUGUGCUGAAAGAUUUCCCAGGGAUGGUCAACAGGGUAUGUGUUCACAGUCUGCCCUGAAAUCCUGGUGAGGAUGAGGAUUACACAAAAUUAUCAGGGGACUGCUCACCCUUGAUAAGCUCCCAGUCCUUUGGAAGAUUUCUUUGAAUGUUAACUGCCUUUUCAAUUUUGCUCAUUUCCCACCCUGAUGUUUUGUCUGCAAUAUUGCUUACACUGGAUUCUUUCUAUUUUUAUUCCUAUCAUUAAAUGGUAGUGCUGUAAAUUCUGCAAUUAAUGUCAAAUAAACUGCUUUCAUUCA